GCGGACAUGGGUCUUGCCGGAAGCGUAGAGCGCGGUGAGCUUCCUGUUUAUGCAGGAGGAGGAGCCGGAGGCGCGCGCUAGGCCGCUCUCUCGUCUGCGCCGCGGCAACGGUAACGGCGGCGAGUCAGGGGGGCGAGGCUGCCAUGGCGCUGUCCGAGCCCCAGCUGAAGAAGAUGCUCGCCAAGUAUAAGUAUAGAGAUCUGACGGUGCAGGAAACCUCCAGUGUUAUUACCCAGUACAAAGACCUCAAACCUGUAAUGGAUGCAUAUGUUUUUAAUGAUGGCUCAUCCAGGGACCUGAUGAGCCUCACUGGAACCAUUCCUGUGCCUUAUAGAGGUAACACAUACAAUAUCCCAAUAUGUCUGUGGCUACUGGAUACCUACCCUUUCAAUCCCCCAAUCUGUUUUGUUAAACCAACUAGUUCAAUGACAAUUAAAACUGGGAAGCAUGUUGAUGCAAAUGGAAAGAUAUAUCUUCCUUAUCUGCAUGAGUGGAAACAUCCCCAGUCAGACUUGAUAGGAUUGAUUCAAAUUAUGAUCGUGGUGUUCGGAGAGGAACCUCCAGUCUUUUCUCGGCCUACCAUUUCAUCAUCCUACCAACCAUACCAAGCAACAGGGCCACCAAAUACAUCCUACAUGCCAGGCAUGCCAAGUGGAAUCUCUUCCUAUCCACCAGGACACCCUCCUAACCCAAGUGGCUACCCGGGCUAUCCUUAUCCACCUGGUGGUCCAUUUCCAGCAACAACAAGUGGUCAGCACUACCCUUCUCAGCCUCCUGUGACUACUGUUGGUCCCAGCAGAGAUGGUACCAUCAGCGAGGAUACCAUUCGAGCUUCUCUCAUUUCAGCAGUGAGUGAUAAACUGAGAUGGCGGAUGAAAGAGGAAAUGGAUCGUGCGCAAGCUGAGCUCAAUGCCUUGAAGCGGACAGAAGAAGACCUGAAAAAAGGUCACCAAAAGCUGGAAGAGAUGGUAACUCGCUUAGAUCAGGAAGUGGCUGAAGUCGAUAAGAACAUUGAACUUCUGAAGAAAAAAGAUGAAGAACUUAGUUCUGCACUGGAGAAAAUGGAAAAUCAGUCAGAAAAUAAUGACAUAGAUGAAGUUAUCAUUCCAACAGCACCACUUUACAAACAGAUCCUGAACUUAUAUGCAGAGGAAAAUGCCAUUGAAGACACCAUCUUUUACUUGGGAGAAGCAUUGAGACGUGGGGUUAUUGACCUAGAUGUCUUUCUAAAGCAUGUACGUCUUCUGUCGCGCAAGCAAUUCCAGCUGAGGGCGCUAAUGCAGAAGGCAAGAAAGACUGCUGGACUCAGUGAUUUGUACUGACCUCUCAGACUUUAACUGGGAAGUAGGGCUUCUUAUGAAACAGUCACUCUCUCUUUCUUUUAAUCAGUAGGUGCCCAGAAUAAGUUAUUACAUCAUUCAAGUGUAAGAUAUUUUGAAUUAAUAAUAUAUUUUCUUUUUGGUAAAGACUAGCUUUUAUUAAUGCACUUUCUAUUCCCUGUAACCUUUAUUGUGUUGGUGGAUUAAUGCUAAAUAAAACUUGUUGCAUAGUU